CAGAGACCCGCAGGGACCCGCAGGAUGUGGAUCAGCCCGGAGGAGGUGCUGCUGGCCAACGCGCUGUGGGUCUCGGAGCGGGCCAACCCGUUCUUCAUCCUGCAGCGGAGGAAAGGCCACGGCCGCGGGGGAGGAAUCACCGGCCUGUUGGUGGGAACCCUGGACGUGGUUCUGGACUCCAGCGCCCGAGUGGCUCCGUACCGGAUCCUGCUGCAGACCGCCGACUCGCAGAUCUACUGGAGCAUCGCCUGUGGCUCGUCCAGGAAGGAGAUCACGCAGCACUGGGAUUGGCUGGAGACCAACCUGCUGCAGACCAUCUCCAUCUUCGACAACGAUGAAGACAUCACCACCUUCGUCAAAGGCAAAAUCUCUGGUAUCAUUGCUGAGGAGAACAAGUGGAAGCAGGCGGAGGAGGAGGAGGACUCGGGGAAGUUCCGUGAGGCGGAGCUGAAGAUGAGGAAGCUGUUUGGGAUGCCAGAGGAGGAGAAACUGGUCAACUACUACUCCUGCAGCUACUGGAAGAGCCGCGUGCCACGCCAGGGCUGGAUGUACCUGACCGUCAACCACCUGUGCUUCUACUCCUUCCUGCUGGGCAAGGAGGUUACCCUGGUGGUCCAGUGGACGGACGUCACCCAGCUGGAGAAGAACGCCACACUGCUGUUUCCAGAGAGCGUGUGUGUCAGCACACGGCACACGGAGCAUUUCUUCUCCAUGUUCCUGAACAUCAACGACACCUUCAAGCUGAUGGAGCAGCUCGCCAACAUCGCCAUGCGCCAGCUGCUGGACAACGAGGCCUUCGCCGCCGACCGCUCGCUGCCCAAACCCUGCAAGACGCUCAAGAAUGUCUCGGCUCUCAAGAGGGAUCUGGACGCACGGGCGAAGAACGAGCGGUACCGCGCCAUGUUCCGGCUGACGCAGGACGAGCGCCUGGACGGACACACCGACUGCACGCUGUGGACGCCGUUCGCCAAGAUGCACGUGGUCGGCCAGCUGUUCAUCUCCAACAACUACAUCUGCUUCAACAGCAAGGAGGAGGAGCUGUGUCAGCUGAUCAUCCCCCUGAGAGAGGUGACCAUCGUGGAGAAGGCGGACAGCAGCAGCGUGCUGCCCUGUCCCGUCUCCAUCAGCACCAAGAACAAGAUGAACUUCCUGUUCGCCAACCUGAAGGACCGUGACUUCCUGGUCCAGCGCAUCUCUGACUUCCUGCAGCGCACGCCGGACAGCGCCUGCAGUGACAUCAGCCCGCUGUCUGUGAUUGGUCACUCGGCCUCCAGCCUGCCAUCAUCCUGCCCUGCAGCUCCUGACUCCGCCCACAGGGGGCGUCAGUACCACCCCGGCUUGCCCACCGCCAGUCAGGGUCUGCUGCACAUCUACCAGAGAGACGCCGCCGAUGAAGCAGCGGCGGGACCCCGCACCGCCAAGGAGAAAAUGAAGGAGGAGGCGUGGAACAUUCACUUCUUUGAGUUCGGCCGCGGCGUCUGCAUGUACAGGACGUCCCGCACCAGGGAGCUGGUCCUGAACGGCAUCCCGGAGCGGCUGAGGGGCGAGCUGUGGCUGCUGUUCUCCGGGGCCCAGAACGAGAUGGCGGCCCAUCCUGGUUACUAUGGCGACCUGGUGGAACGGGCCAUGGGCCUCUGCUCAUUGGCUACGGAGGAGAUCGAGCGGGACCUGCACCGCUCCAUGCCGGAGCACCGAGCCUUCCAGAACGAGACGGGCAUCGCCGCCCUGCGCCGCGUCCUGACCGCCUACGCCCACCGCAACCCGGGCAUUGGCUACUGCCAGGCGAUGAACAUUGUGACGUCGGUGCUGCUGCUGUACUGCACAGAGGAGGAGGCCUUCUGGCUGCUGGUGGCGCUGUGUGAGCGCAUGCUGCCCGACUACUACAACACCAGGGUCGUAGGGGCGCUGGUGGACCAGGCCGUGUUCGAGGAGCUGACCCGGGCCUUCCUGCCCUUCCUGUACGAGCACAUGCAGGAGCUGGGGGUCAUCUCCACCAUCUCCCUGUCCUGGUUCCUCACCCUCUUCCUGUCCGUCAUGCCCUUCGACAGCGCCGUCCUGCUGGUCGACUGCUUCUUCUACGAGGGCAUCAAGGUCAUCUUCCAGGUGGCGCUGGCCGUGCUGCAUGACAACAUGGACGCCCUGCUGGCCUGCAGCGACGAGGGAGAAGCCAUGACCAUCCUGGGACGGUAUCUGGAUAAUGUUGUGAACAAGCAGACUGUGGCUCCGCCCAUCCCUCACCUCCACGCCCUGCUGACGAGCGGCGAUGAUCCCCCGCCGGAGAUCGACGUCUUCGACCUCAUCAAGUCGUCUUACGAGAAGUUCGGCAGCCUGCGCUCUGAUGUCAUCGAGCAGAUGAGGUUCAAACAGAGGUUAAAGGUCAUCCAGUCGCUGGAGGACACGGCCAAGAGAAGCGUGGUCAGAGCCAUGAUGACGGAGUCGGCCUUCAGCAUCGAGGAGCUGGAGGAGCUCUACUGCCUCUUCAAGGCCAAACACAUCAUGAGCUGUUACUGGGGCUCCAGCAGCUCGGCGGCGGAGCGGCACGACCCCAGCCUGCCGUACCUGGAGCAGUACCGCAUCGACCCGGCGCAGUUCGCCCAGCUGUUCGCCGCGCUGGGCGCCUGGCGCUGCGGAGGCCACACCCCCACGCUGGCCGGGCGCCUCUUUAGGCUGCUGGACCGCAACAAGGACGGACUCAUCAACUUCAAGGAGUUCAUCACCGGACUGAGUGGGAUGUACCAUGGAGACAUGACGGAGAAACUCAAACUGCUGUACAAACUGCACCUGCCACCAGCUCUGUGUGCUGAGGAGGCCGAGUCCGCUCUGGAGGCAACACACUUCUUCACUGAGGACGUCCCACAGGAAUCUCCCUUCCUGUCUGAUCUGGACUUCCUGGUGCAGCAGGAAGUGACCUCAGGAGAGGAGCUGAAGGACGGAGGCUGCGGAGACUCUGAGGACAAGAAAGAUGAGAAGGUGAAGGACUACAGAUACUACCUGAGGAUGUGGGCCAAGGAGAAGGAACCCAAGAGAGAAACCAUCAAAGACCUUCCCCGCAUGAACCAGGAGCAGUUCAUCGAGCUGUGUAAGACGCUGUACAACAUGUUCAGUGAGGAGCCUCAGGAGCAGCAGUUGUAUCACGCCAUCGCCACCGUGGCGAGUUUGCUGCUGCGUAUCGGAGAGGUUGGCAAGAAGUUCACCAACAACUCCUCCAAAAAACCCACCGCUGCCGCCGCUGCCGAGCCACCCGCCGCCGAGCCGCAGCGGGAGCCGAGCGGCGAGGCGGCGUCGGACGAGUCCCAGGUCUGUCGUGCUCUGGCCGACGCCCAGUUGGACGCCGCCGGCCCACCGGACGCCACGAACCAGCAGGGGUCUGACGAGGAAACCAAGGACGACACGUCAGUUUCGUCCUACUCCAUGGUGAGCGCCGGAUCCCUGCAGUGCGAGGACAUCGCCGACGACACCGUCCUCAUCGGCUGCGGCGAGCAGAGGCGGGGCAGCGUGCUGGACGGGGAUUGGUCGAUCACCUUCGAGCAGGUGCUGGCGUCGCUGCUGACGGAGCCGGUGCUGGUGGACUACUUUGAGAAGAAGGGAGACAUCCAGGCCAAGAUGGCGGCGUGCAAGGCUCAGCGGGCGGUGGAGCGGCAGACCAGCUCCUCCAGCGACCACGAACUUACCCAGAAUUCAGUCUGAGGAGCUCCUGGAAGCUCUGCCUCCUCGUGUCGAGCUUUGCUUCACAGCCGCUCCCCGUCCCGAAGCUCCUCCCACUCACAUGAAACGACGAGCCAGGCAUGUUCCUGUCACCCAGGUGACAGGUGUUCACCUGCCUGACAUGACAUCCUGUCACCUGCACCUGCAUCACACCUGAACCCAGACAGGAGGCAGGGCUUCGGCCACGACC